CACACACACGUAUCACAACGAAUCGAUUCUACGACUUUCAGUCUAAAACUUACGCAAGCAAGAUGGCGACGGCGGCGUUAUGGAAGGCACCAAAAUUACUCCGGCAUGCCCGGCAAAAUGGCGUUACAUUGUGCUUGAAGGCAAAUAUGUCAGCAUUCUCUGGGGUGAAAGCAGGCAAGAAAGCAAUGUUGGGGACGUUGGGUGUUCUAGCAGCAGGUAGUGCUGGUAUUGCCACUGCUCUACAUAUGUCUGUCAAUGCUGAGGAAAUUGAUCUUCAUGUUCCUAAGUUUCCAUGGAGUCAUAAUGGAUUAUUCAAUUCAUUUGACCAUGCCAGUAUUCGUAGGGGUUAUCAAGUGUACAAGGAGGUGUGUUCAGCUUGUCAUAGUAUGAAAUACUUGGCUUUUAGAAAUCUAGUUGGUGUCUCUCACACAGAGGGUGAAGCUAAAGUUCUAGCUGAAGAGUACAUGGUUCAAGAUGGUCCUGAUGAGACUGGUGAAAUGUUCGAUCGUCCUGGCAAGCUAUCCGAUUAUUUCCCUAAACCAUACAUUAAUGAUGAAGCAGCUAGAGCAUCUAAUGAAGGAGCCCUGCCUCCUGAUUUGAGCUACAUUGCUCUGGCUCGUCAUGGGAAUGAAGACUACAUCUUCUCUCUACUUACUGGCUACUGUGAUCCACCAGCAGGCGUUGAGGUUAAUGAUCCAUUAUAUUAUAACCCAUACUUCCCUGGACAAGCUAUUGGUAUGGCACCUGCACUCUACAAUGAAAUCAUUGAGUAUGAAGAUGGUACCCCUGCUACACUUAGUCAGUUAGCUAAAGAUGUAGCCACCUUCCUUCGAUGGGCAGCAGAACCAGAACAUGAUCAACGCAAGAGAAUGGGGCUUAAGGCCUUGAUGAUUCUGUCCAUGGCACUUGGGGCCUCCUACUACAUCAAGAGGCAAAAGUGGUCGGUACUUAAAUCACGUAAAAUUGCAUAUCGCCCACCCAGUCAUUGAUAGUGUCCCAUCAGCUCAAUAUUGUGAGCAGUAAUUCAGGAGAAUUACAAGUUUUAUCAAAUCUUAUGUCAUUUGAGUUUGAAAGUGUACAUUGUACAUACAUCACAUGUUCAAUUCUCUAUGAGGUUUAUAUGCAGUCAUGCAUCAAGCAUUGGUUUGGUUAAGUACAGUGUAGCAGUGUGUUUGUGAUACUCAUGAUAAAUGUUUACCAUUUUGACUACAAGUGAGCACAGUGAGCACAAUAUAGACCUAUGUUUACAUUCAAACCGCCCUCUGUUGACAAAACACUGUAUACGUCAUGUUUCGCUAGGCAAAAAGACAC